AGAGAGAGAUAGAGGGAGAGAUAAUUUAGAGAGUAAAUGCGUUUUGUUUUGUACUCAUUAAUCAUCGGGGUGAAUUGAAUAAAGAAAUGAAAGUAGAAUAAGAAUAGGAUUAUUGGCGCUCACUAAAAUCUCCAAAAGAAUUUAUUUCCUUUUUACGUUUUCCACUACAGAAAUCCCCCCCCAAAAGUAAAAACUAGGGCUCUUCUUCUAAAAAAAGUAAUUGCUUUUUGUAGAAGAAGAAGAAGAAGAAGAAGAAGAAGAAGAAGAAGAAGAAGAUGAUUAUGAGUUGGAGAAGAGUUUUGAAGUCAGCUCAGGCUUUGGCAGCCCAUAGCUUGCUUUUUUGUUUCACGCUUUUGCUUCUUCUUAAGCUAGAUCAUCUUGUUUCUUACUCUUGGUGGACAAUAUUUUUCCCACUUUGGAUGUUUCAUGGAGUUGUUGCACGUGGAAGGUUUUCCUUUCCUGCCCCUUCAGUUCCCCAUAAUCGCCAAUGGGCACCAUGUCAUGCCAUUGUAGCAGUACCACUACUAAUUGCUUUUGAGCUGCUUCUCUGUAUAUAUCUUGAGAGUGUAAAUGUUUAUGGAUUUCCUGCUGUAAGCUUGAAGGUCGUCUUCCUUCCACUAUUGGUGUUUGAAAUAAUUAUUCUAAUUGACAAUUUCAGAAUGUGUAGAGCUCUGAUGCCAGGGGAUGAUGAAAGCAUUAGUGAUGAAGCAAUAUGGGAGACUCUACCUCACUUUUGGGUUGCAAUUUCAAUGGUCUUCUUUGUUGCUGCUACAGUCUUCACCCUUCUGAAGUUAUGUGGUGAUGUAGGUGCUCUUGGCUGGUGGGACUUGUUCAUAAAUUUUGGUAUUGCUGAGUGCUUUGCUUUUCUUGUGUGUACAAAGUGGUCCAAUCCUGUAAUUCAUAGAAAUUCCCCAGCAAUAGAAGCUGGUCCAUCUACUGCAACUAUUAGAUAUCUUGACUGGAACAGUGGCUUAGUAGUUGCUCCCGAGGAAGACCAGCAGCAGGAUACAAUGUGUGGCCUGCAAGAUAUUGGUGGUCACCUCAUGAAAAUUCCAAUAAUUGGUUUCCAAGUCCUCCUCUGCAUGUAUUUAGAGGGAACACCUCCUGGUGCUAGAGAUAUACCACUUCCAGUUUUGUUCUCUCCUCUUUUCCUAUUGCAAGGGGUUGGUGUGUUGUUUGCUGCCUCAAUAUUAAUAGAGAGAAUUGUACUUUUACUACGGAGUGGGGCUGGCACAGGAUUUUACUUCAGAUUCUCAUCCCGAGCUCAUGAUUGCUUGGGAUUCUUGCACCAUGGUUCUAGGUUAUUAGGUUGGUGGUCAAUUGAUGAAGGAAGUAGAGAGGAACAGGCACGCCUUUAUCAUGAUGGGGCCUCUGGGUAUAACACCUUCUCUGGCUAUCCACCUGAGAUAGUUAAGAAAAUGCCUAAAAAGGAUCUAGCUGAGGAGGUGAUUAUGGUUCUCCUAACGUUUGGAGGCUUCAGGCAGCUCUUGGUGAGCAAUCAGAAAUCACCAAAUAUAGUCAGCAGGAGUUUGAGAGGCUUCAAAAUGAAAAAGUGUUAUGUAGGGUUUGCUUUGAGAGAGAGAUACGUGUGGUUUUGCUCCCUUGUAGGCAUCGUAUUCUUUGCAGUACCUGCUGCGAGAAGUGUAGAAAAUGCCCUAUCUGUCGGGUCUCCAUCGAAGAACGCUUACCUGUAUACGAUGUUUAAAUGGAAGUGCAGAGCAAAUAUCAAAUAACCUAACAGGUCAGAUGUUUUUAUAAAGUUCUCAUACGAGAGUGUUGCCGGUUUUAAUUGACGUGAGCUAGUAUAAAGAUAUAGAAUAUACAUGCUAUAAUUACAAAAAGAUUUUUCUCCGUUAUUUUAUAUCUAAUUACAGGAAAUGUAAAUAUAGUUUCAUGAUAGGAAUGAGAUUCUGACAUGGGGUUGUAAGGUUUUGCUAGCUUGUUAACUGGAUCAGUAGUGCAGAAUGACAUGUUACGGUCCCUUUUUAAAAAAAAAAAAAUUGUAAAACUGUAGAAUUAAUACUACUUGCCAGUUUAUUCUGUGUA